AAGAACAAUCAAACAGCCCAAACACAUACUACACAGCUCUCCCGUCAUAGCUGGUUCCAUGGCCUUCUCUUCUCCAAGCCCUAAUUGCAGAACAGUCCACGCCGACAACACUUCUCUCCCCAAACCCUACCCUUCCCAUUUGCCCUUCAAGUUCCACAAAUUUACGCCUCCCCUUUCGGCCGCCAGGCGGCCGCUCAUCUCCUGCACGUUGAUUAGCGACUCCAGGAUCACCACGACCAGUCCCCAAAUGGAGGAUGACAAAGCUCAUUUGCCGGCUCUCCAGCGGCCUGAUUCGUUCGGCCGGUUCGGCAAGUUCGGCGGGAAGUACGUGCCCGAGACGCUGAUGUACGCUCUCAAGGAGCUCGAAUCUGCAUUCCUGUCUCUCUCCAAGGACCAGGAGUUUCAGAAAGAACUGGAGGGAAUACUUAAAGAUUACGUUGGCAGGGAGAGCCCUCUUUAUUUUGCAGAGCGGCUCACUGAGCACUAUAAACGUCCAAAUGGUGAAGGGCCACACAUUUACCUCAAGAGGGAAGAUCUUAACCAUACUGGUGCCCACAAAAUUAACAAUGCUGUGGCUCAAGCUCUGCUGGCCAAACGCCUUGGGAAGAAGCGCAUUAUUGCUGAAACUGGGGCUGGUCAGCAUGGAGUUGCCACUGCUACUGUGUGUGCCAGGUUUGGCUUACAGUGUGUUAUUUAUAUGGGUUCUCAAGAUAUGGAAAGGCAAGCGUUAAAUGUCUUUAGAAUGCGGCUCCUUGGAGCUGAGGUCAGGGCAGUCCAUUCUGGGACAGCAACACUGAAGGAUGCUACAUCAGAAGCUAUUCGGGACUGGGUAACUAAUGUAGAAUCAACCCAUUACAUCUUGGGAUCUGUUGCUGGCCCACAUCCUUACCCAAUGAUGGUACGAGACUUUCAUGCUGUGAUUGGUAAGGAGACAAGGAAACAGGCAUUAGAAAAAUGGGGCGGGAAACCAGACAUACUUGUUGCAUGUGUUGGUGGUGGUUCAAAUGCCAUGGGACUCUUUCACGAAUUUAUUGAUGAUAAAGAUGUUAGGAUGAUUGGUGUAGAAGCUGCAGGGUUUGGAUUGGAUAGUGGCAAGCAUGCUGCUACCUUGACUAAAGGGGAAGUGGGGGUGCUGCAUGGAGCUAUGAGCUACUUACUGCAGGAUGAAGAUGGUCAAAUUGUUGAGCCCCAUUCCAUUAGUGCAGGCUUGGACUACCCUGGAGUUGGACCAGAACACAGCUUUCUGAAAGAUAUAGGACGUGCUGAAUAUUAUAGCAGCACAGACGAAGAGGCAUUGGAAGCUUUUAAGAGAUUAUCGCGGCUAGAGGGCAUAAUCCCAGCCCUGGAGACAUCCCAUGCUCUUGCAUAUCUAGAGAAGCUAUGUCCAAUCCUGCCUGACGCAACUAAGGUUGUGGUAAACUGCAGUGGUAGAGGGGAUAAGGACGUUCAAACGGCCAUUAAAUAUUUGCGGAUCUAGUAGCCAUGCAUACGAGGAGAGGGUUCUUUUCUAAUCUUCUUGAGAAACAUGUGUUUUAAGUCUUGGUUCUUUUGGAGAGUGAGUAUUAAUAAAACGAAUAUUGUAAUCAUAAUGUGUAGUAUCAUGUCAUUGAUUCAUCUCGACGUUUCUCAAGUGAGUUUUGUCUUCUAGCAGGUUAUGAUAAAUGGAAUUAUUGCCUUAAAAGAGUUUUAUUGA